AUGUAUGAAGAAACAAUUUUAAACAAAACAAUUAAAACCGAACCGAUCGAUGAUUAUCUUCAAGUGAAACAGGAAUUUGAUGAUUGUGAAAAUACAUCAGAUUUGUAUAUGGAUGAUGAUAUAUGUCGGCAGCAAUUUCUAAAAUCUGAGGUUACAAUUGACGGGGAAAUAAAACAAGAGACGAUUGAUGAUCAAUAUGAUGUGACUAGUACAAACAAAACUGUAUUAGAUGAAAGUUCUUAUAUAUGUGGUGAAGAGAUCAGUGAAUCAAGUAAUCUAGUGGAUAGUACGAACAAAUCAAUUGAAGAAGUUUCAGGAAAAAGUGAAACAACCAAUAAAUUGAAACCGUAUACAUGUGAAUCAUGCAAUAAAACAUUCAGAACAAAACAUAACUUAAAACAACAUGAAAGGAUCCAUACUGGGGAACGCCCUUAUGAGUGCAAAAUAUGUAAUAAAAGAUUUUUACAGUCAGGUCAUUUAAGUUCGCAUUUAUCAGUGCAUACUGAAGAAUGCGCGUAUAUCUGUGAAACAUGCAACAAAAAGUUCAAUAAAAAGUCAAACUUAAAUCAGCAUAAAUUGGUUCACACCGGAGAACGGCCUUAUGAGUGCAAAAUAUGCUAUAGAAGAUUUUCACAGUCAAGUAGUUUAAGGCAGCAUUCAUUGAUCCAUACUGGUGAACGUCCUCAUGAGUGCGCAAUAUGCAAAAAAACAUUUUUAGGGUCAAGUGAUUUAAGAAGACAUAUGUUAGUGCAUACUGCAGAACGCACUUACAAACCGUAUAAAUGUGAAUCAUGCAAUAAAGCAUUCACAUCAAAGAAAAGCUUACAACAACAUGAAAUGAUUCACACUGGGAAACGCCCUCAUGAGUGCGCAAUAUGCAAUAAAAGAUUUUUAUGGUCAGGUAAUUUAAGAAAACAUUUAUCAGUUCAUACUGAAGAAUGCCCGUAUAUUUGUGAAAUAUGCAAUAGAAAAUUCAAAACAAAAGAAAACUUAAAUAGACAUAAAGUGAUCCACACUGGAGAACAGCCUUAUGAGUGCAAAAUAUGCAAAAAAAGAUUCUUACGAUCAAUUAGUUUAAGACAGCAUUUAUCAGUGCAUACUGAAGAACGACCUUACGAAUGCGAAAUAUGUAAUAAAACAUUCAGAUUGAAAACAGGUUUAAAUGAACAUAAAUUGAUCCAUUCUAGGGAACACGUUUUUGAGUGUAAAAUAUGCAAUAAAAGAUUUGCACUGAUAAAUAACUUAAGAAAGCAUUUAUCAGAGCAUACUGUAGAAAGUUCUUAUGAAUGUGAUUCAAUAAAAGAUUCAAAACAAAACAUAUAUUAA